AUGGCUCGGAAAACUCCAGCUUUCACUAGUAUAUAUACUACAGGAUCCUCAGCCCAAGAGAGUCGAGACUUAUCUAGUCCUACCAGGGCUCGAGGUGGGCUGGGAGCCCUCCAAGGGUGCGCUAAGCAACUUGUAGAGCGAGAAAUAUAUCCGCCGCCGCCCGGCGCCCGGCCGCUUUUGUUUCGGCUCCCAGCCGGGCUUUCGAGGCUUUGUACCAUGGAUUUGGGAUCGGCGGCUCCGGCGCCGGCCGGGAGCGACGCCGCGGCGGGCAGUGUAACCUUGGGUGGGAGCGCACGGCGCCUCAAAAUGUCCUCCAGUGGCACCCUCAGCAACUACUACGUGGACUCGCUCAUAGGCCAUGAGGGCGACGAGGUGUUCGCCGCGCGCUUCGGACCUCCUGGGCCCGGCGCGCAGGGCAGGCCCGCAGCGGGCGGCGCGGGCGGCGGCGGCAGCGGCGGCGGCGGAGGCGGCGGUGGUCCGGGCCCUGGUCCCAGCCCUGGCUCAGGCGGCCCACCCAACAGGCGCCACUACGGGAUUAAGCCUGAAACCGGAGCGGCCCCGACCCCCACCGCCGCCACCUCCACCUCCUCUUCCACUUCCUCGUCUUCCUCCUCCAAACAGACUGAGUGCUCCGUGGCCCGGGAGUCCCAGGGGAGCGGCGGCCCCGAGUUCUCGUGCAACUCGUUCCUACGGGACAAGGCGGCAGCGGCAGCUGGGAGAACCCGGCCUGGGGCAGGGAUCGGGACCGGGACAGCGUCGGAGCCCUCGGCUUGCAGCGACCACCCGAGCCCAGGCUGCCCGCUGAAGGAAGAAGAGAAACAGCAUCCGCAGCCGCCACAACAGCAACUUGACCCAAACAACCCUGCCGCAAACUGGAUCCACGCUCGCUCCACCCGGAAAAAGCGCUGUCCCUACACCAAAUACCAGACGCUGGAGCUGGAGAAGGAAUUCCUCUUCAACAUGUACCUCACCCGGGACCGGCGCUACGAGGUGGCGAGGAUUCUGAACCUCACAGAGAGACAAGUCAAAAUCUGGUUUCAGAAUCGUAGGAUGAAAAUGAAAAAGCUGAGCAAGGAGAAAUGCCCCAAAGGAGACUGACCCCGGGCGGCGCCGGCUGGACCGCUCUGCUUUGCAAAGGCAGUGCGGUUUUGUUUUGUUUUGUUUUCUUUGUGGGUGCUUGAUUUCCAGAAACUCUCCAGCGAUUUGGAUAUUUCAUCCCCUUUUCUAGGUAGAAAUGACUGUGUGGUUGGUCUCUGUGAGGUAUUUCGGGGGACUAUUUGCUCGCUUAUGUGUUGGAGAAACCAAGUGGCUUUGGGGUUUUGCCCUGUACCGCGCCCUCUCUUUCCUACCCCGUUGGUUCCUUAGGAAAUGCUGUAUUUUGUGAGUGCACGCUGGCUUGAGCAGCCUUCUCCUUUGUAAAUGUCCUCCAUGUUUCUGAAAAUUGCUGUAGUUUAGCUCCCAGUGCUGCUCAAGCUGGGGCCACGCGUGCCCCACUUCCCCGAAUGAAGGCAGAGCAACAGUGCGGAGGCUCGCCGAGGCCUGGCCGGGUAGCCCACCGGUUAUGAAAGCCCUUUCUUCAGGGAGCACGCGGGCCCUCAACUGAGACCUGGAAGGAGGCAGAAAGAGGAGCCCGGGGCCUCGGGUGGGCUGAGGGGUUAUUCUCAGUGUACUGGUGGCGCUGCUGUCUCCAGCUCAUGUGGCCCUCCCGGUUUCUGCCUGAGGACCAGUUGUAAACGUUACCGCUUUUUACCAAUAAAUGCUGACCUGAACAAACAGAGCCCAGACGCUGGCCCUGAA